AUGCAAAUUACCCCGGAGCACUUGACACCUACAAUCGAAAGAUAUAUUGACGACAUAAUCAAUCAGAAAACGGGGUACAACAAGGACUAUGAAUGUUCAGUUAUUUGUGUGACGCGUGUUAUUGACAGAAAGCCACUCAGAAUUGCCGAAGGCACGGGCAACGUUGUCUUCAGUGUGAAGUACGAAGCCAUUGUCCAAAAACUUAUCAACAAAGAGGUUGUUGAUGGUGUGAUUUCCAAUGUCUCGAACGACGGAGUUAUUGUCGACGCCGGGGCUUGGAAAAACAUCCACGUCUCUUUCAAGAAAGUUGCUGACUGCCAGUUUGACGAGGCGAACAAUUGCUACGUCGACACUGAUAAGAACAGUGGGUUUUCCAUCAAAAAAGGCGACAAAGUUCGCGCACGCCUUGAUGUUGUGAAUUACCACGUCAAUGGCAUCACUUGUAUGGCUUCCAUUGAGAGAGCUUUCUCCUCUUAA